AUAAUAAAUAAAGCAAAUUAAAACGCUCACACAUGUUUGCUUAUUCGGACUAGAGAGCUCCGCAUAAAGCUGAGUAAAAGAAAGAGAGAAGACGCACACCGAAGAAAAACACAAGACUCCAUUAUUCUCCUGCUUCUUCUUCGUCUCUUCAAUAAUUUUCUCUGAGACUAGCUUUGAUUCAGCCAUGGCUAAUGCAGCAUCAGGAAUGGCAGUCCAUGAUGACUGCAAGCUGAGAUUUAUGGAGCUGAAGACGAAAAGGACAUACCGUUUCAUCGUUUACAAGAUUGAGGAGCAGCAGAAACAAGUGGUUGUUGAGAAAAUCGGUGAACCUGCUGAAACCCAUGAGGCCCUUGCAGCAUGUCUUCCAUCUGAUGAAUGCCGCUAUGCCGUUUUCGAUUUUGAUUUUCUCACUGCAGAGGAUGUCCCAAAGAGCAGGAUUUUCUUUGUCGCAUGGUCUCCGGACACAGCAAAAGUGAGAAGCAAAAUGAUCUAUGCGAGCUCUAAGGACAGGUUCAAGAGAGAACUAGACGGAAUUCAGAUCGAGCUCCAGGCAACCGAUCCAACCGAGAUGGAUCUUGAUGUUUUCAAAAGCCGAGCCACUUGAUGAAGAAUUCCCCUGAAAAUUUCGGUUGAAUCAAACUUUUUUCGUACUAUUUACUCAGUGAUGCUUUUUCUUGAAGUUUGCUGUGACGGUACCAACCUAAACAGCUUCAUUUUAUUAUCGGUCUUUGGUCUUUGUCUUCGGUCUCUUUUUUUGUGUCCUUAUAGUGUUGUCUUAAAACGUAAGGAAUCUGGCUUGUGCUCUUUUACCAUUGUGGAAGAAACUCGAACCCUUUAUUAAACAAGAAUCCUAUUGGCACCA